AGGAACCUUUAGCAGACACACUCUACUGCUCCCACCCACACAAUUUUUACAGAAGUCAAAAGUUCCUUUUUCAUUUCACAGUCAAACAGGAGCCCUUGCUUAUUUCAUUUUAUUUGACACGGCUGAAGGCCUCCGAGAGUAGUUAAGGUCAUAAGUGUAUGCUAUACAAUAAGAGAGAGAGAGACAUCUUUUGGUUUUCGUUGAAUGAAAGGAAAUUUUGAAACAUUGUGCAAUGGUGCCGCUAAAGUUUUGAAAGGUUGUGAGAGUGUUUUGCCAGCAAAGCGUCUGAGAGUCGGACCGUUGGAGAAGAGGUCUCCAUGUUGCAUCCAUACAGAAUGGAGAGCUACCUCAUCCCGCCUCACUCAGAAGAAAUGUAUGAACCAGAGAUCUACAGACACCAAAUUGCAGAAUAUUAUAAUCCAUAUGUCCUAGAUGCAGAUAUCCAGGCAGAUCACUGGGACUACCACCCUCACCCUCACGUACACCCUGCAGAGUUUGAAAACCUUCAAGAAACCAACUUCACAGAGCUGCAGAGCGUGCAGGCUCUCCACCCGCCUGGCCUCAUACGACACGAAGCCAUACGAUAUGAUGCAGAAAACCUGCUCGAUCCAAAUCUUGCUGCACAUCCACAUGUGUUACAGCAACCAGUAGCAUUCUUUCCUCGGACUGUGUAUACACCACACGUGUCUCAGCGCAGCUCUGAUGAUGAAGACCAUGGAGGACGAAGUCCCCCGCUGGAGGUGUCUGAUGAGGAAUGUCUGAGAGAUCGUGCCCCUUAUGUCACUCCUGGCGAGAUGGGCAAUAAAAAGAAGAUCCGAUUGUACCAGUUCCUGUUGGACCUUUUAAGAAACGGUGAUAUGAAGGACAGUAUCUGGUGGGUGGACAGAGAUAAAGGGACAUUCCAGUUUUCUUCCAAACACAAAGAGGCACUCGCACACCGUUGGGGAAUCCAGAAAGGCAACCGCAAGAAAAUGACCUAUCAGAAGAUGGCUCGUGCUUUGCGCAACUAUGGCAAAACUGGAGAGGUGAAAAAAAUUAAGAAGAAACUAACGUACCAGUUCAGUGAUGAGGUCCUGGGGAAGAGUCAUCUAGAGAGAAAACCAUAUAUGUAGGCAGGAAAGAUACUGAAAUGUCAUGAUUGAAUCAAGUGUUGACAUUACAGCUAUAGUUUCUGGUGUUCGAUGCUUAAUCAACCUUGCUGUUCUGAUAAAAACAGGAGCAUUUUGUGAAUAGCACCAAUAAUGCUGUACAGUGGGACCAAUCCUUUGAUAAUACUGGUAAUGCAGCAUAAAAGUAUGGAACAACAGACAUAAUCCCCAAAGCCUUUCUGUAUAACAAAAGAUAUUGGCGACCACUUAGAAACUGUCAUCCAAAGUAGAGAACUAAUACCACAGAAACCUCAGUGUGGUUUAUAGGUCAGAAAGUAGCAAUAUGGAAAUAUGCGUAUGGAGAUUUGUGAAUAGGUAUAUAGAUUUGAAAAAAGCAUAAUAAGAAUCUCCUGUUUGUGGAAUUUUGUCUCUUCUGCCUCCGCUCAGAUUUUCCCUGAGAUAGGCAAAACCUGCACAAUAAACCCUCCCCACUUUGCAGAGCAGCAAUUUCGUUGUGAAAGUGGGAACUGCAAGUAAUGUGAUGCUAGGGUUGAGAGAGAUGUUUGCCAAACAUAUCUAAUAAGUCAAUAAAUAAAUAACAACAGCAGUAAAAGAAUGAGGAAAAUUUCCUGACUAUCACACAAAUUCAACUAUUCACUGGAUAUCACACUUUAAAGGAGCUAUUCGUAAAUUUUGCUAUUGCUACAUAGUCUUCAUUAGCAUUAACAGCUGUUUACUUACCA